CCGCACGACGAUGUUUGACGGCUGCCUCUUGCCCCUCGUCGUGCCCUGCCUGCUGCUCUGCGGACUGGACGCCGGCACAGCUGGCGGAGCGGAGCUGGAAGUGGUGAUCCCGGAGCGAGUGCCGCUGGAGAAGAUCCACCUGCUGCCGCCCGGAGGGGAUCGCGGCGGCCCCCGGCGCCGGCGGGCGCUGCCGCGGCCGGAGGAGGAGGAGGAGGAGGCUGUGCUGCUCCGCCUGCCCGCCGCCGGCGCCGAGCUGUACCUGCACCUCCGCCGCGACCUGCGAUUCCUGGCCCGGGACUUCGCGGUGGAGCAGCGGCGCGGGGAGGAGCGGCGGCCCCCGCGGGAGCGGCUCUGCUUCUACACGGGACACGCGCUGAACCGCAGCGACUCCUUCGCCUCCCUCAGCACCUGCGCAGGGCUGGUUGGCUACAUCCAGCUUGGAGCAGAGCACAUGCUGAUACAACCCGUGAAUUCAUCUGAGACCUCGUUCAGUGGGAAGGAACAUUUCAUCCGGCGGAGACGAUCCACGAAAUCCGGCCACCCCGGGAAGCCACACGUUCCCGACGAGCACUGCAGGGUUGUAGCAGAAAAGAAGAGACAGAAGAAAAUGAAAUCAACCAGUGACUGGAGGGAGAGAAGGAACGCGAUUCGCCUCACGAACGAGUACACGGUGGAGACUCUGGUGGUGGCAGAUGCUGACAUGGUCCAAUACCACGGCGCAGAGGCUGCCCAGAGGUUCAUCCUCACAGUCAUGAAUAUGGUGUACAACAUGUUUCAGCAUCAAAGCCUUGGAAUUAAAGUCAACAUUCGAGUGACCAAACUCGUCCUGCUCCACAACCGCCCAGCAAAGUUGUCUAUCGGGCAUCAUGGAGAGAGAUCUCUGGAGAGCUUCUGUCAGUGGCAGAAUGAAGAAUAUGGUGGAGCAAAAUACCUUGGUAACAACCAGGUUCCUGGUGCAAGGGAUGACACCCCUCCUGUGGAUGCUGCUGUUUUUGUAACCAGGACAGAUUUCUGCGUACACAAAGACGAGCCUUGUGACACUGUGGGAAUCGCUUACCUGGGAGGUGUCUGCAGUGCCAAGAGGAAGUGUGUUCUUGCUGAAGACAAUGGUCUCAAUCUGGCUUUUACAAUUGCACAUGAACUUGGGCACAACAUGGGGAUGAGCCACGAUGAUGACCACCAGCCCUGUGCAGGGAGGUCCCACAUUAUGUCUGGAGAGUGGGUGAAGGGCAGGAACCCCAGUGACCUUUCCUGGUCUUCGUGCAGCCGUGACGACCUGGAAAACUUCCUAAAGUCCAAGGUGAGCACGUGCUUGCUGGUGACAGACCCCCGGAGCCAGUUCUCCGUGCGGCUCCCUCACAAGCUGCCGGGGAUGCACUACAGCGCCGACGAGCAGUGCCAGAUCCUCUUCGGGACCAACGCCACCUUCUGCAAGAACAUGGAGCAUUUGAUGUGUGCUGGGCUCUGGUGCCUGGUGGAAGGAGAUACCUCCUGUAAAACCAAGUUGGACCCCCCUCUGGAUGGCACCGAGUGUGGCGCAGACAAGUGGUGCCGAGCUGGGGAGUGUGUCAGUAAAACCCCCAUCCCUGAGCACGUGGAUGGGGACUGGAGCGUGUGGAGCCAGUGGAGCAUGUGCAGCCGGACCUGCGGCACCGGAGUGCGCUUCCGGCAGAGGAAAUGCGACAACCCCCCCCCAGGGCCAGGUGGGAAGAACUGCCGUGGAGCCAGCGUGGAGCACACGGUGUGUGAGAACUUACCCUGCCCCAAAGGUGUGCCAAGCUUCAGGGACCAGCAGUGCCAGGCCCAUGACAGGUACACCAACAAGAAGAAAAGCCUCCUGACAGCUGUCAUCGUUGAUGAUAAGCCAUGUGAGCUGUUCUGCUCUCCCCUGGGGAAGGAUUCUCCCGUGCUGGUGACAGACAGAGUCCUGGAUGGGACUCCCUGUGGGCCCUACGAGACCGACCUCUGUGUACAUGGCAAGUGCCAGAAAAUCGGCUGCGAUGGAAUCAUUGGCUCGGCUGCCAAGGAGGAUCGCUGUGGAAUCUGCAGUGGGGAUGGGAAAACCUGCAAGGUGGUGAAAGGAGACUUCAACCACACCAAGGGGAUGGGUUACAUCGAAGCUGCCGUGAUCCCUGCGGGUGCCCGGCGCAUCAGAGUGGUUGAGGAUAAACCUGCUCACAGUUUUCUGGCUCUAAAAGAUUCCAGUAAGAGAUCCAUUAACAGCGACUGGAAAAUUGAGCUUCCCGGUGAGUUUCAGAUCGCAGGCACUACUGUCCGGUACGUGCGGAGGGGUCUGUGGGAGAAAAUCUCUGCCAAAGGACCAACUAAAAUACCACUGCACUUGAUGGUGCUGUUGUUUCAUGACCAGAAUUAUGGGAUUCAUUAUGAAUACACCAUUCCUGUAAACUAUACUGCUGAAAACAGGAGUGAGCCAGAAAAGCAACAGGAUUCCUUGUACAUCUGGACACACAGUGGAUGGGAAGGAUGCAGUGUGCAGUGUGGAGGAGGUGAAAGGAAAACCAUUGUGUCCUGCACCCGAAUUAUUAACAAGACCAUGACACUGGUGAAUGACAGUGACUGCCAGCGAGUGACACGCCCCGAGCCCCAGGUCAGGAAAUGUAACACACACCCCUGCCAGUCACGGUGGGUGACUGGCCACUGGAGUCCCUGCUCUGCCACCUGUGAGAAGGGUGUCCAGCACAGGGAGGUGACCUGUGUUUAUCAACUGCAGAACGGCACCUACGUCAACACGAGGGACCUUUACUGCCUGGGCAACAAACCAAGCCCGGUGCAGAGCUGUGAGGGAAGGGACUGCCUGUCCAUCUGGGAAGCAUCAGAGUGGUCAAAGUGCUCAGCAGACUGUGGGAAGGGGAUCCAGAAAAGAACAGUGACCUGCACAAACUCUCAAGGCAAAUGUGAUGCAGCCACCAGGCCAAGAGAUGAGGAGGAGUGUGAGGAUCACACAGGCUGCUACGAGUGGAAAACAGGCGAUUGGUCCAAGUGCUCCUCCACCUGCGGGAAGGGGCUGCAGUCCCGGGUGGUGCAGUGCAUGCACAAGGUCACGGGGCGCCACGGCAGCGAGUGCCCGGUGCUGUCCAAGCCAGCAGCCUACAGGCAGUGCCACCAGGAGGUCUGCAACGAGAGGAUCAAUGUCAACACCAUCACCUCGCCCAGGCUCGCUGCUCUCACCUACAAGUGCACGGGGGACCAGUGGACAGUGUACUGCAGGGUGAUCCGGGAGAAGAACCUGUGCCAGGACAUGCGGUGGUACCAGCGCUGCUGCCAGACCUGCAGAGACUUUUAUGCAAACAAGAUGCAGCAGAAGAGUUAAUGAACCUGUGCCACUUCCUAGAGUAUUCCAGCUGUUGGCGUGUAAAUCACAGACUAGUAGGUCUGAGUACUGGAACUUCACGAGUUGCUACAACGUGGUGGAUCCCAAAGCAAACCCAAUGAGACUUGAAACCAACUCUACAGACUGGAUACCAAAGUCAUCCGCUCAUCCACCUGAAAAACAACAACCAGAAAGGGUCGUCUCAAGGAGCCAAUCGUUUUAGAGUGUUUUGACAUCCUUACAUUUUUCAUUAAUGCUUUUUACUUUAAUAUAUUAAAUCACCAGCCACUGGAUGGCUUGCUACCAUAAAAAGGAAAGGACAAGAGUUGCAAAGUGAUCACAUAUGGUACCUCCAUGGAGGAAGGCCUCUGGCAAAGUAAUUCAGCAAAGGUAGAGACAUUACUAAAUCUUUUAAUCUUGGCUUUCAUCUGAUGUUUUCAACUCCCAGCAGUUAUCCCUCUGUAGGGUGGGCUCGGAGGGACAUGCAUAAAUGAAAGGCUUAAUUUAAAGAGAGGAUUUGCUGUAAAAGCUUUUUAAAACUGAUAGCAGAGGAUGGACAUCUCUGAAAAUCCUACAGAAAACUCAGUAUAAUUAUAUCCAACGUUCCAAGUAAUAUUUUUAGAGCCACUAAUAGGGACUGCUUUUCUUUCUAAUUUUAAAAAACAAUCCUCUCUCUCUUUCCCCCAGAAUAGUAGAGUUUCUUUUAUGAAACCUAAUUUUUCUCUGGGCUUAAUGAGAUGGAAGCUUUUUAACAGCCGUAGAUAGUUGGUUUUUUUUAAACAAGAACCAUUUCAGCCAGAAAUCAUUCCAUCCAGUAGAGCUCAGUGAGGGAUUGCUUGGCCUAAUCUCUCUCCAGUUUUUAGAAGUCAAUCAGAUAAUGAGACUUGUUGGUUUUUAUGAGGACUGUGAAACUGGAUAAAAUUGGAACAGAAACUGGAUUUGGAACAACCUUUGUGAGAAGGAUGUAGUGGGGAGCACAGCAGGUGUCUCCUGUCUCUGGGCUCUUGAGCACAGCUGAGGUUAUGUAGCCUUUUGAGUCAAAAGUAGUCAGGGAUACAAGACAUUCAAAGUGUAACUUGGAGCUCCUGGAAGCCCUAAGGUUCAGACUUCCAUUGCUUUCAGUAAGGGCUGGGAAUUCCCUCAGUGAUUGGAAUGCUCCCUGUCCCGCUGUUGUGGUGCUGUCAGGUUUGGUGCUAUCAGAUUGGUGCUAUCAGAGCACUCAGCAAGUGCCUCCUCCACGUCUCUGCACUUUAAACCAAACUCCUCUCUGUGAUGUGAGGCUUGAAACAGGAGCUCUGCCCAGGGCAGGGUCUGUCCCCUCCCUUGUCACACAGAUCAGUGUCUCCCUAUCACGUCUUGCUCCAAUAAGUAUCAUUUCCCGUGCCAGGGUCCGAGGCCAGUGGGGCCGUGGUCAAGUUUCAGCCCCUCCUCCUGACAGGAACAGAGCCCUUUGGAUAAUUGCAGCUUUGUACUCGCUCUAGAACUGCCUGGGACUGUUUUACUCCUGGGAUCUGAGCACAGAACCAAGCCCAGCUACUCCCCCAGCCCCUGGAUUGCAGCUCCCACCUGGCCCCAGGUUGUCUUUGUUGCUGUUGUCUCUUUUUUUCAGUGCAAAGAGGGGUGAAGACUCUUAGUACCAAACAUAUCUUUAAAGCAACUUUUUCCUCCUUAUGACAGUCCUUUCCAUAUCCAGGACCUCACUGCAAUAACGCAUUAUUAGCAUUUUAUUAAGGGCUAAAUUUUUCAAGCACAGGAGGGGGAUAAUGUUCAUCACAGAUUAACACAGUGUGGGCUUCACAUUUGCAUUUCUGCUUAUUAGUGCAAAUUGAGUGUGUGUGCACAGCAGGGCUGGCCUGAUGCACAAAGGCACCUUUGCACACCCUUUUUUUCUCGAGUGCCUGUCUCAAACAAAUCUGCUUUCCAAUGCCUCAGAUGAUUUUCUCUAUCAGGGAAAUGAUUCCAGCUUGUUUUUUAUUAUACUGGGUGUUUUUUUGGCGACUUACAAUCAGGAUCAGACCUCCUUUUUCUGUUAUUCCCACCCUGUCACCCAAACACAGAGGUUGUGUAACUACUUAACGAGUAAUCAGUGGAAAAUGUUGCUGGCAGGGGUGACAGGGAAGAUUUAGGCAAUACCAGGGUGUUGUUCAGUGGGGCAAAUUAGCAGGUAGAAGAACUGCUAAGGAGAAAGUUCCAAGAGAUCAGAGCCCAGAGGACCUGGUUUAUAUUGAUAAUUCACAGCAGUAUUUUCCCCUUUGCCUGCACUGGCUCUGGGACUGUCCCUGCUGCCUCCCUGCCACCACAGCCACCUCUGGGUCCCUUUACAUCCCUCACUCAGUUUGGAGUUUGCUGUUUUUCUCUUAAUGGGCAACAUUUGCCCAUGAAGUGGCCCAGCCCAAUAAAAUGCCACCCCUGUGCUGAACAUUUGUGGCAUUAGGAACACUCAGGUUGGGCUGGUGAAGGAUUUGCCGUUGGGUUUCUCUGCUGUCUUGGCAGAAUAACGUGUGCAUUUAUCAUUACUGGUGAUCAAAGGUGCUUUUCAACAACAGGGAACAUUUUCCUUCUGGUGCUGCUCUGUCACCCUCUCUAGGCAAAGGUGGGCUCCUGGAGAGGUGCAUAGGAGAAGGAAGGAUUUUAGUUCUUCUGUUUUUCAGUAAUAAUUCACUUCUGGCCAUUGUCCAGAGCAGGAUACAAAGCUGGUUAGACCUGUGGCCUGUCCCCAUCUCCUGGGUUCUGGACCCAAAGGACAUUUGGAUCCGAGUUCUGGGUCUUACCUAAGGAAACAUGAAUUUACAAGGAAUUUUUUCGACUGUCUGAGCACUGAAAAAACCACCUCCCUUGCUCUCACAGAUUAGCAUGCAUCAACCUUUUAUGUUUUAUAAUCAAACCCCAACAUUAAUUAAAAACUGGUGGCACAACACAGCUCCAUUUUAUUCCAUUCUCUUACUUCAUAUGGUGAUAACCUUCCCAUGUUAUAAUAGCCAGAAAAAUAACAAUAACAAAUUUAACUCUGUUCAGUACUCCUGCACUUCUGUUUUGUAUCAUUUUAUAGGAGCUUUGCUAUGAAUUCACAGCUCUGCUCUGCCCUCAGUUACCACAUUCUGGUGAAAAGAAAAGCUGUUUGUUUCAGUGUAUCUAUGACAAUACUUUUUUUUAGUUGUUGGUAAGAGUCUGAUGCUCUUUUGAUUACAGUGGUGGUAUUUCCAUAUUGUAAACAAUACUCUGUACUGUUACUAAAGUACUGUACAUUUCUAGUUGCACAAUUGUGUUAUUGAGUGUAGAUUCUCACUAUCUCAUGUAUGGUGCUAUUUUUUGUUGGUGGAAAAGAAUCUUAGCAGUCGAUUAUUGCUUGAUAUUUUAUUAUAAUACAGGGAUAUAUUCUCCAUGGCAAUAAUAUCAUUUAAGUUUUCUCAUUACAGAGUGAAAUGUAUAUAUUUUUCCAUUAGCUACUUUGCAUAUGUACUGUAUCCAUGGUAAUUUUCUUCUUGGUGCUGGUUAUAAAUAGAAAAGAUAAAAACAGUCAAACUGAAUGGAACCAGUUGUAAAUGAAAGCCAAAACAAAAAAAUAGGAAAGAGGAUCAUUCAAUUUUGAACAAAUUAAGUAUGUUGUAUAAUAAAUUUAUUUUUUCCACAACAACUUUAA